CUUAUUAUCAUGAUUUUAAAUGGCUUGAACACAGUGCCCGGAAGCAGCAGAGGAGCUGAACUUUGAGGAUUUUUACAGCGUUUUUAAAGUUUUUUAACUUGUUUGUGACAGAGAGAUCCGGGUCCCGGUGUGAACACCCCCUCCGGCUCCGGGUCGCUGUUAGCCGUUAGCUUCAGAGUAAGACGUAACGUCAACGGUUAGUUUCUAUUAAAAAGAUGUCGGGAGACCUGAGAGGUCCGUUUCUCUACAACCUGCCGCCGUCCGUCCUCUGGGAGUUCUGCCGGAUAAUGGACGGACUGUCAGACCUGGACUGGACCCGCUUUGCCUCAGAGGUCCUUGGGGAUCAGAUCGCUGUGCGAUUGGCUGAGAGGAGGGAGAGGCGGACCGAUUGGGUGAUGAACCAUUGGGGACACAGGAACGGUCGUGUCGGCGAGCUGAUCGACCUGUUGGAGUGUCUGCAGCUGCUCCGCCCUCGUGAUGUCAUCCUGAGCUGGGCAUCCGGUCUGAAGCCUUCCCCCUCUCCUUCUCCUUCCCUGCCACCUCCUCCUCCUCCUCCUCCUACUCGUCCUCCUCCUCCUACUGUGCCUCCUUCUCCUGACCCCUCUGACCCCACCUGCAGACUGAGCACGACAGUAGAUAAAGGAGGCGGAAGAACGCUCCCUCGACCGGCCCCGCCCCCCCCAGAUCUGAAGUCUGACCUCCACCGACCCCCUGAGGCCCCCCCGGUGGUGGCGAGCGGUAGCGGUGUGAUGUGCUGGUCGUAUGAAGAGGUGCAUGCUGGGACAGCGGGGUUCUGCCCCUCCCUGCAGGUGGGGGAGGGGGGGUUUGGAGUCGUGUACCGAGCAACUCUGAGGAAAACCGACUGUGCUGUCAAGAGACUCAAACAGGACUGUCUGCUGGACCUGACUCUGCUGAAGGAGAGCUUUCAGACGGAAGUGGACCAACUGUCAAAGUUCAGACAUCCUAACAUCGUGGAUCUGUUGGGUUUCUGUAAAGAAGAAGGAUCAGUGUGUCUGAUCUACAGCUACAUGGAGAACAGAUCACUGGAGGACCGGCUGCACAACGAGGGUGUGUCUCUCUCCUGGUCCCAGAGACUCGGUGUAGUUGAAGGAGCGUCAGCAGCGCUGCAGUUCCUCCACUCCCCUCCCGGCGGACACAAAGCGCUCAUCCACGGAGACGUCAAGAGUUCAAACAUCCUGUUGGACCGCCACCUGGUGGCGAAGCUGGCGGACUUCGGUCUGGCUCGGUUUGUGUCCCGCGGCCCGCCAGGACGCACGGCAACUAAGACGGCGUCCAUCGGUCAAACGGCGACGGUCAGAGGAACGCUGGCGUACCUGCCGGACGAAUACGUGAGGAACGGGGAGCUGGGGACCGCUUUGGACGUCUACAGCUUCGGAGUGGUGUUGUUGGAGGUCCUGACGGGUCGUCGAGCUCUGGAGAAAGACAGGAAGUCAGGAGAGAGAUACUUGAAGGACCUGGUGGAGGAGGUUGAGGACAGUCCGACUGGUUCGCCUGCAGCAGCCUGGAGGAAACAGCUGGACCACCGGCUGAUCACAGGGGGCGCUGCAGAGCUGGCCGGCUGCAUGGAGGUGGUGGCUCUGGCCUGCAGGUGUCUGGACAAGAAGAGGAAGAAGAGACCGGCCAUGACCGAGGUGUUUGACAAACUUCAGGACGUCAGUGCCGUCGUGAGGAAGACGGCCUCCCCCUCCCCCUCCCCGUCGCUCCCCAGACCCCCCCGCCCCCUGGGCUCCAGCGUGGGACGCCUGUCCGACCAACUGUCCAAACUGGGCCCCCUGGAGGACACCUACCAGUCCUCCCACGGCUCCUCGUCUUUCUGCUUCCUAACCCCUCCUAACCCGCUGCACUCCUCCUCCUCCCUCCCCCCCUCAUCUUCCUCCUCUUCUUCUUUCGGCGGUCCGUGUGAAACCGACGAGAGUCGAGGCUUCUCCCAGUACGACCUUCGCUCCCCGUUCAGAUCCAACGGGACCAGCUCCGGGUCUCUGUCUUCGUCUCCCCGUCCCGCCCGGCCCACAGAGACCCCGUCGAGCCAGCCUUCUGUCCCCACUGAGGACCAGUACAACUUCCCUGCGCAGCCCAGCAGUGACAGGCCAGGGGCCGGGGCCGGGGCCGGGGCCCGCCCGGGACCAGACACUAAAGGGCAGAGCACAGCCGGGAUCUAUGGCGUCCCAGAAUGCAUCUCUCCCGCGGGGCCCUUGCAGUCUGCGUCCCCAGAGCCCUCAGUCCACAUGAAUCCCAGGAAGCAGCGUUUCCUGCAGAAGAAAACUCUGUACGAGGAGGGAAAGAUCCAAACUCCAGAGCUGCUGUCGUCUGAUGACCUCUACGGAGGGAGGAGUUCUGACCGAGGGCCGGAGGAGAGCGACGAGCUGGAUUAUCUUCCUGUGAAACACGACUGACCCAAACCGCCCGCAGCCGUUGUGAACUGUUUCAGAGUCCGACUCCCUCACGCAGCCCGUGAAGACGGUUGUAUUUCUCCCCCUGGAUCAAGAUGAGGCACAGGUGCUACCAUCCUGAUCACGUGCACACACGUAUGCGUGCGUGCGCACCGUGAACUUCAACUGGCUCAAGCAAACACUUUUCACAAGCAACGUAUUUAAGAAGACCACUAAAGUCAAAUCUCAGUACUUUUUUUUUUAGGUUCCUGUAAUAAUCAGAUGAUGCCUGCACUGUUUCACCUGCUGAGCUAAAAAAAACAUGAUGAGAUGUAACGUUAUUUUAGGGAAACAUCGGUAGGGGUGGGACUCACAGGGUACCUCACUGUACGAUACGCGGCUCACGAUGCCGUUAAUAUCACGAUACAGCAAUAAUAAUCAAUAUAUCGCUAGACAAUCAUAUCAUGAUACAUCACGAUAUCGCUCUAACUAUGAAUACUAACAUGGAAAGGUUAAAGGUGCCGUAGGUAGGAUUGUGAAGAUCCAGGACUUAGCCAAAAAAUUUGAACAUCGACAACAUCUCAGUCUGCU